UGUUAAUUUUUGUAAACAAACAAGCAUGUUUGGCCAAAAUAAGAAAAAGUUUUCCAAUAAAAAGCAAUUUUCUCGUGGAAAAGUGUUCAAGAAGAAGGUGAAUCGGAGGGAGGAUGAAGUUUUCCGUGGAGAUGAGGAUUUAUCCAAUGUGGAUGAGGAGAAAAUCCACGAGGAAAAUGACGAUGCAAAAAGAGUGAUGAAGGAAAGGGAGAGGAAUUACAAGAAAUUCCUCAUUGAGCAGGGAAAAUCAGCACCAACCACGUGGGAAUCAUUCUCAGAUGAUGAGAAAGAUGUUGCAGCGUCAUCCACAGAGUCGCCAGAAGAAAAAUCUCUCAAAGAAACUCCUUCAAAGGGUUCAAAGGAGAAGAAAGGAAAGAAGAGGAAGCUCCACGAGGAAGAGAAUCAAAGGAUCAACGUGAAAAAGAGUAAAACAGCUGAUGGAGGAGCUAACUCUUUGUCAUCAUCACCCACAAACCCAGAAGAGGAAGGUUCCCCCAAAGAAACUCUUGCAAAGAAGAAUGAGAAUAAAAAUUCCCAGGAAAAGAAGAGAAAACCAGAGAAGAAGUCCAAAAAAGACUCUGGAGAUAAGAUGCAGAAAAUCAAAGCUAAACUAAAGGCAAAGUAUGACAAUGAUAAAUGGGGAGAAGCCACCACAAGCCCACAGAGUCAGGAAGCAACUCCCGGAAAGUCCACGCAACGAUGUUUGGGUUGCCGGAAGAUGGGACACUUGCUGAAGGAUUGCAGGGAAUUUGAUAAGAAAUCCGGAGAUAUUUGUCUGAAAUGCGGAAGUUCAGAACACAAAUACAGAUCCUGCCCCGUUCAGAGGGGCCCCAAGUUUGCCUUCGCCACGUGCUUCAAAUGCAAAGAAAUGGGUCACAUCUCGAAGCAAUGCCCUAAAAAUAGCAAUGGCAUCUACCCAGAUGGUGGGAGUUGCAAUCAGUGCCAGGGUGUUGAUCAUCUGGCCAGGGAUUGCCCGAAGAAUCGUCACCGCGGUGGACGGAAGCGCAACACGAAGGAUUCCAAGAAAUAUUUUCGUGUCAAUAGGCGGAAGAAUUAAUAAAGAGUUAUUCCUCCUCCUC